GUAUGCAGAUGGGCAAUAAAACUUUUGAUAUUGUUGAAUCGCUUUUACAUCAAAUCAUUAGUAAGACUGACUACUAUUUCGAGGUUUAAAGAGAAAAACUGAUGGUUCUUUUCAGAGGGAUGAAUUUAUUUUGUAGAAAGACAUUUUACAUACCCAUUAUUUUAAUUAACUAUAUACGUUCCUCAUUAUUUGCGUACUCCACUAUAGUUCUAGGUGUCUUACGAAAGAUAGAUUGCAAUAUACCGACUGAGCCAAAAGUUUUUCAACAUUUUUUGUUUUGCAUGUAUCUCCGCUCAGAUACAUGAUAGAAGGCUGAUUUUUUUUCAAAAGAUGCCCCAUUUAAUUAAUGCUCUAUCAGAAUUACAAAACCAAAUAGUUUUUACCUUUUUUUGACAUAUUAAUAAAUCAAUAAAGGUGAAAAUGUCUAUUGUCACAUCUUGUCUCAUUAUAAGAAAUCUGGAAAAUCCAGAAAUUAGAAGUUUGAAGUAUUGAUAAUUAAGACUAUUGCUCUCUAUGCCACACUAUAUAAGAACAGCAAACUUAUUAUUGCAAAAAAAAAACAGAAAAUUUAUCAAGUUGUAAAUAUUUGAUCAGUAUUAUGUGGUUAUUUCUGUUUGACACCUUUUUCGAUUUAUAAAUUGAACACAUUCUCUCUUGAUAUUGUUUUUAGUACCAGUACAAGAAGAUCACUGCUAAUGUAAGCGUAUUUUUGAAGAACAUCACUAGAAAAACUUCUUAGGAGGUUGCGCCGUGAAAAGUAGACAUAAAUGUUACAAACUUCAUAUGCUUAAACUUAGGAUAGGUGAUAACCUUUCUGCUUUAGUAGACUCACUAUACUUCCCCAUUUUUUCAAAUAUUGCGCUCAAGAAUGAAUGAACGGUACCUGAUAUCGCCUAUUCAAAAAUAUUCAAAGUGUCUCAGAUUUCUUUAAUGGGACAAAGUGCGACAAUAGACAUCUUCACCUUUAUUGAUUUAUGAACAUUUCAAAAACAGCUAAAAAGAUUUGGUUUUGGAAUUCUGAUAGAGCAUUAAAUGGGGCAUCUUUUAAAAAAUAUCAGCCUUCUACCAUGCACUUGAACGAAGAUAUAUGCAAAAUAAAAAUGUUGCAAAACGUUUGGCUCAUCCGGUAUUGAAAAUAUCACAAUGGAUGCUUUCAUUUUACACAUUAUGUUCCAUUUAUCAAUUAAUAUGUCAAACGAAUUUAUAUCUCUGACAGCACCGAUAUUCUCUUAAAAAUUGAAAUAGUAGUCAACCUAACUAAUGAUAUAAAUUUGAGUCCAAGUAAAGUCUUUUUGAGUUAAAACAUAUGGUAAAAUUUCACAUGAAUAAGUAUAUAUAUAGAUACGUGGUCAAGAGAUCUGGAAAGCCAAAAGAGUAUUUAUGAGUUCAUUAGGAUUGAUCGAUUGUGGAAGUUCUCCACUCAAAAACGAUUCGACAGUGUAAGAAAUACUUUAGUUAAAUUAGAAUUAUUCUUGUUAUUUAAAGAUUACUGGUAGUGAUAUGCCAUUUAUUGAUCAACCCUCUUUUGACACACUUUCUAAUCUAUUAUUUAUUAUUGAUAAACAUUAUUAUUGUCAUGCUCAUCAAGCAUUUAUACGUACACAAACGAAAUAUUUUUCAACUCUUGUUAAAAAUCAUUUUAAUGAAAUGUUACCAAAUACAAUCCAAGAAAAUAAUGGAAAAUCAACAAAUGAUUUUAAAAUAUAUUCGAAAAGAUCUUUUGUAUAG